AUGUAUACUGCGCAGCCUCCUCGUCCCUCGGCGUACGCUCCAACUCCCUACAGUUAUACUCCGAAUACUUCAUUCUCUGCUCAAAUUAACCUCGACGAAGAAGUGAAACUCUUCGAUUCAUCCACGGAGCGCGAUCUCAUAGAUUCUCAAGCAGAAAUCUACAGCAUUAUCCGGACACUCGAUGGUCUUGAGAAAGCCUACAUCAAGGAUGCCCUCCCAGAAAAUGAAUACUCAGAUAUGUGCUCCAAAAUGCUCAAACAAUAUCGUUCAAUCCUCAGUGACGAAACUGUGCUGCGGGAAUUUGUCGAUCUGGACACAUUUACACGCAAAUGGGAUAUUGAAUGCCCGCGAGCUAAAGAGAGACUUAAGGUGGGCAUAACAUCAGAUGAAGUCUUGACUCGUCACACCAAUGCUCCAAUCCCAGUCCAGCCUCAAGGCACAUCUGGCAGUCUCAUUCUUCUGGCUACCGAGAAUUUCAUCACUUUCCUCGAUGCACUUCGUCUCAAUAUGGUGUCCAAGUCUGCCUUACACCCACUUCUGUCUGACGUCAUUCAAUCGGUGAACAAAGUCACUGAUCAGGACUUCGAAAACCGCGGCAAGAUCAUUCAAUGGCUGAUCACCCUCAAUCAGAUGAAGACAUCAGAAGAAUUGAAUGACGAUCAGGCCCAUGACUUAGCUUUUGACAUGGAACAGGCUUACAACGGGUUCAAAUCGAUCAUACGAUGA